GCAAUGCGGUCACAUGUAUCUCAGCCGACAUAGGGUUUUUAUUUGGCGUAAAGCUAGUUUGUCAACUAGUUAGCUGUGUGUUUCGGUACGAGGUGCACCUCUCCCUCAAAAUGACAUGGUUAGUGUUUAGUCGUGCACCUUUCUAACGUAACGGAUUAUGAAGGGAAUUAGAAUGGCCGCAGACGACGUGGAUACUUGUCCAUCCGGCGGUGGCGAAGGGCUAGCCAUCGACGAUCUUCAUCUCCUACGCCACUUAGAACCUAGGCCCUUCCGGCCCUUCAAAUCAAGCGAAGAAUAUCUAUACGCCAUGAAGGAGGAUUUGGCCGAAUGGUUGAAUAGCCUUUACGAUUUGGACAUCAAUGUGGACAAUUUUAUGGAUCGUCUAGAGACCGGUGUUAUACUUUGCAAACACGCUAAUCAUGUGCUUCACAUGGCACGCGAUUGGCACAAGGCGGGUCACAAUGGGGUCAAUAUGCCCAUCCCCGAUAGGGAUGUUGUCUAUAGGACAGGGGUCAUGCCCGGCACUUUCCACGCACGCGACAAUGUAUCGAAUUUCAUCACUUGGUGCCGAAGUCUAGCCAUCAAGGACUGUUUACUCUUCGAAACGGAAGAUCUGGUGAUGCGUAAGAACGAAAGGAGUUUCAUACUAUGCCUUUUGGAAGUGGCGAGAAGAGGUGCCAUGUUUGGCAUGCCUGCGCCGCUACUGGUGCAAAUGGAACAAGAGAUCGAUGCGGAACUUGCUAAAGGUGGUGCCGACUCGGAUGGACACGAAGCCGACGACGAUUCGGAUACCUAUUCCGAACCCAGGAUGCAAAUCAUCACUAAUGAUUUGAGAAGCCUGCACGAACGGGUUGUGGAUCUGCUCAAUCGAUGUACCUGUCCUUCGCAGUUUCCUAUGAUUCGGGUGGCGGAUGGCAAGUACAGGAUUGGAGACACCAAAGUGCUCAUCUUCGUUAGGAUUUUAAGAAAUCACGUGAUGGUGAGAGUAGGCGGAGGCUGGGACACCCUGGAGCACUACCUAGACAAACACGACCCGUGCAGGUGUCGUUCGGGCCACAGGUUUUCGACCUCGGCCAAGCUGAGCAUGUCGCCUGGUAAAUACGGCCCCCAGAUGCAGGUCACGUAUAACAGAUCGACCACACCAGGCCUGGGCAGGGGCGACAAACCAGCAAGCGUUCCGACAUCUCCCCAAGUUCGUAGAAGAUCUUCACAUCAGGAAAUGGACAACCGAGAUUAUCCAGUUCGGGGUCCUUCCCGAAAUUCCCAUUGCAGCGACGAUUCUUCGGCUUCCAGCACCAGCGUCCACACUAGGGACGACAGCCCCACGCCACGAAUCAAGACCAACGGUUGCCCCCACCCCAUGUCAGCCGAAAGCUCUUCGGAAGUGUCCGAAGGCGAGGGUCGCACUCAGGGAAGGCGUAGAAGCGUGCCUCGAAAGAUCAGCAGAGGGAGCGCCGAUUACGAAGAGGACCACCUGAAUUGGAGGUACUCUCAGGGCUCUAGACCGUCCUCUCAAGACGCUAGUUCCAUCGAAGAGCUCAGUCACUACACGGGUCGAAGGCGCUCCACCUGCGACGAUAACGAUGCAAAGAUAUUCAAAUCUCGCAUACCCUGCUUGGAUCCCCCCGCCCGGAAGCUCUCCUGCUACCAGAAAGCUCAGAGUUCGGAGGACCUGUAUACCAUUAGCUACGGUGGGCGUAGAUCGGAUCACCACUACAACAGCUACUCCAGAGGGGCAUCCCCCAACCAGAGUCCAGUUAAGGGUAGGAGGGCAUCGACGGGUACCGGUUCAAUGCCCAGGAGCCAGUCGCAGACAUACGACGAGCUCGACGACAACCCCGUCCUGUCCAGACAGGGCCCGGGCCGGUACUCGUGCCGAAAUCUCAGAAUGACCGAGCAGCGACCGAAGGUGGAAACGGGCAACAAGACGUGGACCUUCAGGCAGCGCUCCCCGCGCCCCAGCGUUGUCAGGGAGACGUACAGGCCACGGAAGAGUCCCGCAACCACCCCCAAAGUGCGUUCCCCCGAAAACCCCACCAUAGCGGUGAGCAGCCCGGCGAGGUCCAAGCAGAUAUCACCCCUACUCGAAGAGAUGCUGAGGGACGAUAACUUGGACUCGGACGAGAAGAUCCUCGAGAGGAUGGAGCUGCUCAUCAAUCAGUACAAGAAAAAGGUGGAGAACGGGAAACCGGGACUGGAAGACGAAAGCGAUCAGCGAAAUUACUCCCCUCGCAAGGACUCGAUGGGAAUGUCGCCAUCCAAGAUACCUCUACGAACUUGGCGCAAUUGAGAUGCCUCAUAAAAUGCCUCGACAAUCCCAUUAAGAAAAAAAAAAAAAGAAAUAAUCCAUUUCUUUCGUUUAACCGGUUGUGAUCCGAAAAAUACGCUAGGUGUUGCUCUCCACUGACCUUUAUUUUCCUCCUCUUCUUCCUCCACCUCCUGCUCCUACUCUUCCUCCACUAAUAAACAAGUAGCCAUGCCAUCCGUCGAGCUUCUGUGAUGAAUUAGUACCUGCUAAGAAGCAAAAAAAAUAAAACUAUUUUUCUUUCAGAAAAUGCAGUAAAGUUUACAAGAAAAAAAACGCGAAACAGUAGGGGGUGCGGGGGUGCAUGAUCGCUAAACAACGACUCGAUGCUCCCUUUUACACCCUUCGUCUAUGUGAAUAGCCCCAACGUUGCAACGUGCGUUAAUGAAGUAACUCACAUUCCAUUUUUUGAUAAUUAGCGUGUGGGGGAGCUAAACAAGCCCAUUGUGUUUAGUCCCGACCACACGAGUAAACAAAAGGAACCAUUUUUUUGCAUAAUUUUCGAGAACAAAACGUGUUACGACAGGAAAACGAGCGAGAGAGAGAUAGAGAGAGGAUGCCAUUCGAUGAUUUCGCAUGUUUCUUUUGCCAAAAAAUAAUAAGUAUGAAUGGUUGAUGUACAUUUGUGCAAUGUUAAACCGUACAUGAUUGGUUUCUUUUUUAAAUCUUUUGUUUUCGUGUACGUAACGAACGUAACCGAAUUAGUAACGUUGUAUGAGAAGUUUUUUAAACAACAGGAAAAAAAAGCACACACACACACAUUCCGUUGGGUAAAGUUAACGAAGGUAAGGUACCCAAAUUCUGUUAACAUAUGCGUAACAUAUCCUAAAUUUCGAAGCUUAAUCAAAAUCAAAGUAACGUCACGGAUUAGUUAAAUAUGUUAAAAUGGUGAGCCGGUGUGUGUUUUUCAAUGCCACGUGACUGUCAACCCUCUGUUACGUUUGUUUGGUACGUAUCUGUGAUAGGUGCCUUACCUUCUGAAGCUGUUACUGAUCGGUUUCAACAACAAAAAAUGGACAUUUACAAGGUUUUUUCGCUAUUAUACAUAAGUUGUUACGAUCAAAAUGUUUUCAACUAGUCAAUUUUUGAUGAGUAGUGUUAAUAACGAAAUUUUUGGAAGAUUUUUCAAAUGGGACGUAACUGUUUCAAGCCACUUUUUUUGUGUUUAUAUAUAUAUAUAUAUAUAUAUGAAAUGCCUGUUACCGAAGAGAUGAC